AAUAACGGUCCAAAAAUUUUCACCUAGCACAACAAGUGACGUGUCAAAAACACGGAUUAAAACACUCUUGAAGUCUUUUUAGACACAUACCAUACAACUUUGUCAAGAUCAAGAUGUCGGACUCCGAGGAAGAUGUCGCAUUUGAGAGUGCAGAUGAAGGAGAAGAGGGAGAUCACCACAAAAAACCUUCAAAGAAAGGGGGAGCUAAGGUGAAUGAGGAGAAUGCUGCCGUAACUGAGCCCAAAGAGAAGAUUCAAGUUGUUGAGGACAGUGCCCAAGUUAAAGAUGAUGUGCAGGAAGAUGAUGCCACAGAGCCCAAAGAUGGAAAAGAAGCUGAGGGCGAUAAGAAGCCUUCUCCUCCAGUGGUUGAUUGUAAGAGCCCCAAGUCCAUGGAGAUGUCCGAAUCUGAUCGAUCCGUGGUGUCCCCAAACCCCGACAUAUCAGAUGAAGAGGCUGCAGAUACGCGUGGGGCUGGAGAUGUCAGGAGCGCACUUGAUAAACUGACAGGUGCUCAGUCAGAUAAAUCAGAAGGGACUGGCAGUUGGUCAAGCUGGUCAAAUUGGGGAACAUCGAUUCUUUCGACAGCUACAGGUUCAGUGUCAACAUUUACCCAUCAAGUUGAGGAGGGUUUGUCCACAGUAAUGGAGACAGUAGAAGCAAGCCUAGCUGUCCCAACUCCUGAGGAAAUGGCCUAUGAGAAACUGGCAGAGGAUGUGAAGGAGCAUGAUGCAGGCUCAGAGGAAGAGGAGGUUGCAGAGACCACGGUCAAAGAGAAGCCAGAAAAUGAAGAGACCGAAUCAGAAAAGGCUGAGGGAGGAAGUUGGUUGAGCGGUUGGGGCAUUUCUGGAUUGACAAGUGCAGUGCAACAUACAGUAACAGGUAGUCUUGAUGUGCUGGAGACUUUGGGGAAGAAGACCAUGGAUGUUCUCCAUGAAGGUGACCCGGGGAUGAAGAAAACCAAAUCGUUAUUUACAGGGCGGAAAGAAGAUCGCCCUGUUCUAUCAGAGCUGCUUCGAGAAGCCAAAAGUAAUGCUGAAAAGCAGGAUGAGGCAGAGAGAGAGUUUGUCGAGUCAAGACAAGCUCACUUUGGCUACUUGUUCGACGAGUACCAAGGACUCGCUCACCUUGAGGCCCUGGAGAUGCUCUCUAACCAAAGUGAAACCAAAGUCCAGGCGUACUUGACCACUAUGAAGUCGGAAGCGUUACAGGGGUUGAAACCACAUCUGAUACUGGUGAAGGAGGCGUUUGAAAUUGGCGACAUGGAUGACGAGGAUGAUAAUUUUGAUGAGAAGGAGUUUGUAAAGCUUAUAACAGAGUAUCUCUCGAAUCUACAUAUCCAGGCCUCACCAGAUAAACUAAUGAAGACACAUUCCCAAAUUGGAGUUCUCUUGACCAAAUACAGUGAGGACCAGGCGUCUGGACAGAAAGUGGAAGGAAAGAAUCUUCACCGUGAUGCCAUCCAAGCCCUGGCUGAACUCACUUCAAAAGUUGUGGAACAGUUUCAUAAGGCGGGCGAACUGACGCUCAUGAAUAAGGAAGAUACAUUGAGUUUAUACGAGGAAAGGGCUAAAAAUAUUGCGAACUUGACGAAAACUUUCUGUGCAGAGGUUGGCUAUGUCUCGUCAAAGUUCACAGAGUGCUUAAACACAGCUGCAGAUGAUGCUGAAGACCCUGACUCCGUCACAUCACUGAUCACAAACGUCUACCUUGAGGCCACCAAUAGCAGUACUUACAUCCAGGAAGCGUUUCAACUCCUUUUGCCUGUGAUUCAGCUCGCUGCUAUCGAAUCGACUGUUUCAUGACCAUGAGGACACAGGCAGCUGGAAACAAUCUGAUAUCAUGGUUUUGGUGCCAUUUUGAUAGUCAUUGACAUUGACGUGUUACUAUCAAGAUAUAUUAACGGUAUAAAUUGAUAAUUUUUUAGGACCUACAAACUGUGUAAAAUGCAGAGUAAGAGGGGUUGUAUAUUUACUUCCUCUUAGUCAUAAUACUGUUAUUUAACUAAUACAUGUAUAGGGAAACCGGCAUUAAAUUUGGUCAAAUUCUGGGAAUCGGUUUCAAAUGGUUGGUCCUAAAGGGUUGAAAUAAGUAAAUGCAAUCAUUGUUUUGAACAUCUUUAUCAGUAAAAUUAGUUGGUAUAAUAUAGUUAUAGUGGUGCUGUCUGGAAAGAUAGUCUCCAAUCUGUCCUUGGUAUCCAUGUAUUACAUAUGUAUUUUCGGAAACCAAAUGCAUUUAUUUAUUGACUGACACCAGUUGUUAUAAUUCAACUGGAGAAGUUGAAACUAUUUCAUGAGACCACAAUUGGAAAAAUAUCUCUAAAAUUGUAAGUACAUACUGGUAUACUGCACUGCAUAAAAAACAUCCACCCAGCUUAUCCUAAAAUAUAUUCUUGUAUAACGAGGUGAAUUAAUUUUCAGGUGACCGGACUUGGUAGCCAUCCACUUUCGUAUCAACUGUAUUAUUACAACACAUUCAUUCACUCACUGCUGCUGCGUCUCAAAACUAGGCAGCAAAUUAUGCUUGAAUUACUGCAUUUCAGUGCCUUCCAAAUAACAACCUUAGCUACCAUCUUGUGCUGUACUCACUCAUAUUGUUGCACAUUAAUAUCUCUUAGGAUAUGAGGGUGGAAGUUCUUUUAUGCACAGCUGUAUAGUUUGUUCAGCAAGAAAAAGCUUAUUUUUGAAAAUAUCACGUGUCGCACCUGAAUGCGAGUUUAUACAGUUGGCAUUUAUUCUCUGUAUAUAUGUUAUAUUUUCAAGAGAAGUCAUCAUGUAUAUGUAGCAUUAUAUAUUCUGUAAAUAUAUACUUGGAGGCAUUA